AUGAACCCCAACCCGAACUUCAACCGACCUCAGCACCGCCGCUCCCCGGCCAUGACGCUCCCCAACCCCUCCACUCUCCCGCCCGACCCCUUUCCUGACUGGAAACCUGAGACGGAAGUGCACGACAACCACGGUCGUGGCAUGGCCAGGGCCUGCGAGUCUGGUCGCGUCGUGAGCGACAUCCGCAGGCAGCAGCCCAAGGCUUUCCGCUCGCGCAGCCACGGCUCCAAGGAGGACAUCAACCGCCGCAUGGUCCACAUGUCCCGGGAGAUGUACGAACUCCUCAAGAAGAUCCAGCGCCUGGAGAAGGCUCUUAACAUCCGCUUCUGGAACCGCAACCGCGAGGACAACGAUUGCCUCCUCUCGGCAAUUCAUCUCGAACUAUGCGCGUUCCACAUCAAGCUCGCGGCUACGAUGGACUCUGUGGGAGACCAGCGGCUUAUGGCCGAUUUCUAUUUCGUCCUUAUGGAAACCAGGCGCAGAAAGUUUUCCCUCUGGAACGCCUUGUUCUGUGACCUAACCAACACGAUCAAGACGGUCGGCGAGCAUCUCGAUGUGCUCGGCGAAAACUUUUACGGUUUGAUGGCCGACGCGGAGGCGUACGCCGCUGCUUCUAAGUCUCAUUGA